AGAAUGUAUCGCAAAACUGUUGUUUUUUUGUUUUGGUAUUUUCGACUACGGUCACACUGUCCCUGUCUGCAAAAUAUUUUAAACAAAAAGUGCUUUUAAUUAAGUAAUUUUGCCAGCCAUUGUUUAUAUUUGUGAUGUUGUGAGGCUGUUUAACGGUUGUGCGACGACCUUGUUCGUUGAGAUAACGGGUUAUUGCAGUUUUUCGUGGCCUUAUAUCGCUAGCCCGCUCGCUCCAAGGCAUUCGGCAUCUUCGACCUUUUGCUUCUGCAUUUCCACACACUCCCGCACUUUACACACACAAUUAAUACAUUAUUUUUGCGCUGGCAUUAUAAGAAUCGAGAAUGUACGAGUGCUGAUAUUUUGGCAGCGGUUGCAACCCGCCCCAUAACCGAUUUGUGCAACAUGCGGCAGGUGGGGAAUGGUACUGCUGCUGCUCCUAUCGCAGAGUUCUUCUUCUUAUCUAAAAUCCAGCCAGGAAACAAAAACAACAAAGGACGCCACCAGCUGCAUGCCCACGCCCACGCCUACGACCACGCCUACGACCUUAGCACCACCCCCGCUGCCUACGCCUUUGUUUUCGAUUUAUAGUAGUCAUGCCAACAACAACAACAACAACAACAAUAACAACAGCAACUACAACAAAAAUCGAAGAAAAAAUUGCCGGAAUAAGGCAAGAAAAUUGCGAUACGCCAAUGGCGACUCCAACAAAAACAACAACAACAUCAACAACAACAACAACAAAGGCAAGGCAAGAAGAAGACCAAGAAGCUACUGUGGCACCGGCAGUAGCGGCAUAUACUGCCACCAAAACGGCAGCCAUCUCAAAGACAACAAUUAAAAAGGCCACCGAGGAUCAAGUGGCCCAACAGCCGACGGCGACGGCGACUGCGACUGCGACGCCAACGCUGCUGCCACUGCUUGCAUCGGCGGCUGCAUGCCACAAGCCGUUGCUCUUUUGUAGACGUUUCCAGGAUAAACGGAACUUUAGUUCACUUCCGCUAUUCGUUUAUGCCACAUCGCCGUCCACGCACGCCCACUCGGCCGACGGCGUGGGCGUGGCCAAGGAGGCAGCCGCUUUCAGCCACAAGAAUGAGGCCUUCGAUCUACCCGCAACGCAUGGCAUCAGCAAAACGGACGGAAGCUGCAUCAGCCACCACAGUCAAAGUAACGGGAACGGAAGCGGGAAUCAUCAUCACCAUCUCGUUGGACCCUUGCGCACCACUGACCUGGCCAGCGGGGCCAUGGAGUGCCUGCCGAUGAGCAGCGGUGCCCACCAUCCCCAUCUAAUGGCAAGCGCAGUGGCGGCAGCGGCGGCGGGAGGAGCUGUGACAGCGUCGCCCACAGCGACCGUGGUCGUAGGGGCCACAUACCCGCACCACCUGCACCACCACCACCAUCUUAGCCACCAUACGCCCUAUAGCAACAGCUACGGCAGCCAUCACAAUAUCCACAGCGAGCAGACCAAGUCGCUGCAGGAGCUGCAGCACGAGGUCGGUGCCCUGCUGGAGUUCCGGGAUCUGGUCAUCGAAACUUUUCCCGAUCUCAAGCACAAGAUGGCCUCCAUGUCCGCCACACCAUCGACACCCACCUCUUCGGUAGGGGCCAUGGGUGGCAGUCACUCGGUGGGUGGCGGUAGCUCCUCAUUAGCCACCAGCAGACGCGAAUGGGAGCCAGGCAUACGCAUGAAGCGAAAAUUGUCGCACAAGGAACCGUCCACGUCGUCGGCGACGGCAGCCAACUCCUCCUCGGGGGCGGAGGCUUCGUCCUCGUCGCUGACACGCAGCCGUAGCAACUCGCACAGCGGCAAAAAAGAGCCAAAGAGCGGAGAGAACAACAACGGGAGCGUUGUCCAAGACUCCGGCUUCUCAACGGAGACCAGUUCCUCCAAGGAGGGCCACAGUGCCUCCUCCACCAACGGUGCUAUGACGCAGGUGGCCAUAGCGGCGAAUCGCCUUAGUUGCGCGGAAUCCGAUGAUGAGCUGCUUAACCUGCUGGACGUUAUACACCGCAAGUCGAAUCGCUUACGCGAGGAGGUGGAGCAGCUGCAGAGUUACGAGCGUCAGCAGGAGGAUGGCCAGAAGGGGGGCGAGAGCAAGGGAAGCGGCUCCAAGGCAAUGACGCCCCAACAGUUCCGCGAGCAGGUAGAGCGUCUUAACCGCGAGGACAUCAAACAGCUGCGCAAGGAGCGCGAUAGAUUGCUGGACAAGCUGGCCGAAAUGGAGGCUGAGACUCUGACGGGGCGCAUCAAGGCGGCGAAGAUGAGCGACCAGGUGGAGGAGCUGAUCGGCGUUAAGAAGGAUCUCGAGGAGCAGCUGAAGCUGGCCAUGGCGCAAAAGUUAGAGCUGAGCUCGCGGGUGCAGCAACUGCAACAGAUGCAGCAGCAACAAAGCAAGAGCUCUUCCAGCGCCAGUCAGUCGGAUUUCUCCAGUCAACGCAACUUUCUAUCCUCAGCCACCACGGUGCUCUCCAAUGGCAGUCGCCAAUCGGCUGGCAAUAGCAACACCAACAGCCACAUCCACAACACAUUCCAGCCGGUCGUCCUUGAUCAGCCAGCGCAGGAAGCAUUCCAUCAAAGCUCCAGCAGUGAUAUAGCAACCUUGAAGAAACAGCAGCAGCAGCAACAGCAGCAGUCCUUGGGUCGCCUCGAUGGCAUUGUUAGCACGCCGGGGGCGCGCAACUCCAAAUGCCGGCUAACAGAUUCCAAGCGCUUUGCGGCCAUUCUGCUGGAGACGAAUGUGCUGGAGCUGCAGCGACACCUGCUCACUCUGUCCGUUCAGAACCAAGUGCUGGCCCAGAAGCUGGAGUCGUCCAGCAAGUCCAAGACGCAGCUGACCAAGCGGCUGGACAAGAGCUUCGAGGAUUCCGAGCAUCUGCGCUAUCAGUUGGAGGAGAAAAACAUCGAGUUGGAGGGCACCAAGGCGCAGCUGCGCCUCGUGGAAUCACGCCUCCAGGCGAGCAAUAGCACCACCAAUUCGUAUUUGAACUCCUCCCAGCAUGAUUACGAGACGAAUCGCUCAUCGGCUUCCACCACUCUGAUGUUGAGUCGUCGCGGAGUCUCGGAUUCGGUGGACUCCACAUCGACGGCCAUGCCUGCCCCGCCAGUUACGCAAAUCAGCACGCCCAGCAUGAAGGCCAUGGUGCCGCUGGCCAUGGAUGAACUUCAGCAGCACAGCAGCAGUACAGAGUCGGCGCAUGAGCACGAGAAUCAGCAACAGCAGCAGCAGCAAAAGCAGCAGCAAGGCAUGCGAACGCCGAACUCCACACUGAGCAAGACGAUCACUGCGAGUCCUUGUCCCGUGGGUAGCAGCACACCCAGUAGUAUUGCUGCCCGUGUGAUGAGCACCAGUGUGGGCGGAGUGAGUCCGUUUGACUCCUCAAGCACCACCGGGCGGCAAAGUGCGUUCCGCAAGUUUAACAGCAACAGCAAGCCCAGCAAGAUCCCACUUCCGGGUAGCAAAGCGGCAGCUUAUUUUACGGGCAAACCACCAACCGGCAGACCUGCGACGGCGGGACGAUCGCCCCCAUCGGCGCACAACUCCAGUAGCACCUCAUACGGCAGCAAAUCCUCGCUAAGCCGAAGCACCGGCAAUCUGCAGAGCUUGAGGAGAGCGGACACAUCCGCCUCGAACCAUUCGCUGAGCACCAAUACGAGUCGGAGCUCAACCUCGUCUUCGAUUCCACUGGCCACCACACCCUAUUCAUCCGGAUCGACUGGCGGUAAUCGCAGCCAGCCGACCGGUGCAACAACUCCGUCCCCGCGUGUGCUCCAGAAUUCGCCGCUACCGAAGCUGAAACGGGAUACGAUCAGUUCGCGAGUGCGCCACUUAGACUCGCUGUCGAGGGAGGGCGGAGGAAAAGGCGGCAUCACUGGCGGCUCCAUUGCCGCCCAGCUAAGUUCGACGCUGCGCAAGGAUCUCCAGCUGAGCGGGAACUCCGCCGCGGGUGCACCGUACCACCACAGACGCAGUGCCCAUUCGCCGGCAUCCAAUUCGUCGGCCAGUGAACGGGGCCCGGCGCUGGGCGUGUCCAGGCGGUACAGUAGCGCCUCGACGGGGGGCAACGCUGGGCGAACGAUCGGGAGGGAUCAGGGCGAUACUCUGGGGCUAGCCACAACGCCCACAUCCAGCUUUGGCGACAGUGAUAGUGGCAAGUAUUUGGCCAACCCACCCGUUGAAAAGCCAAAUUUCCGUCCCCAUAACCAAAAUUGGCAAAUCUGGCAAACGAAUACGAUUGACGAGGGAUUCCCGCAUCAGAGGCAGCUUUACGAUGUGUCCGAGGAGACGGCCUAUGACUCUUACUAUACCCAUUACACAUCCCCCGAUUCCAUGGACUGUGGCAGCGACAAUCUCCUGGUCACCUUCGACUAUGGCUACAGUGACUCCAUUGAGGCAAGAGCUGAUCCUGAUCCUGGUGACUUUAAGGAUGAUCGGGGCGAAGGUGCUGAUCCGGAUGCGGAUGCUGAGGGAGCUAUUUGGUUCGGCACUCCGCCGAAAGACAAGAAGGAUGCAAAACUUUUCGAGGUGCAUCAUGUGCAGCACAAGAUGCUGGAUGAGAGCCUGCAGUCCCUGAUUUCCUAUGAUGUGGAUGAUUUUGAGGAGGAGGAGCUAUCCGAUACAGAACCGGAUCAGGAUGAGGAGAUCUUCUACGAUAGCAUUGAGUGCGUUUGAGUGUUCCUCUCAAUCCCCCAAAUCUGUCUAUCAUAUCUAAACUAGUCUUUGAUUUCGGUAAACUUCCUGCACACAUUUUGUAUAAUUAAUUGCCAGGCUAAAAGGGAUAACUACUGUAUGUGUAUGUGUAGCCGUAGUAUAGUGUUAUGUGACGUAGUGUUGAUUCGGUUUAGUUUUCCCAAGGGUCUUGCAUUGAGAGAUUGCAAUUGAAAUGAAUAAUCGGACUGAAUCGUUUGUUAUAUUAUACCUUCCCCCCUAAGCCCCCUAAGCAAAAAAAAAAAACAAUCCCUAAACCAACCGUUCAGGGCCUUAG